CGCGUUCUUCCAGAAAGCGGGUUGGGGCGCGCUGCUGUGUGUAAAAACUGCGUGUGCAAGCACAGCUGCUUUUUGCCGAGCUCGUGGUCGGGAUGUGAAGAGAACACGCAGUGCACGCGGAAAAAAACAAAAAAAAAACACCCUACUUGGACCUCAAGAGCGCGCGCGGCGUGCAGCCUUGCUGAAGAGGCUCCUCAGACGUCCCAGUUCGGAUCUUUGCAGCGGAAUUAAAAUGAGAUGCUCCAGGUUCUUCGGCUGCAGGCAUCUGGUGCUCAAAGCUGUGAUUGUGCAGUUCCUCGCUGUUCUGGAAACUUUCUCCGCGCCGUCGCCCAUUAUUAAGUUCCCCGGAGAUGACACUGUCCCGCGGACGGACAAAGAAGUAGCGCUGCAAUAUCUGAACACGUUCUAUGGAUGUCCUCAAGACCGCUGCAACCUGAUGGUUCUGAAGGACACACUGAAGAAGAUGCAGAAGUUCUUUUCUCUUCCAGAAACAGGAGAAAUUGACCAGAAGACGGUGGAGAUCAUGAAGAAGCCACGAUGUGGAGUUCCAGAUGUGGCUAAUUACAACUUCUUCCCCACAAAGCCAAAGUGGGAAAAGAACGAGAUUACAUACAGGAUACUGGGCUACACCAUUGAUCUGGAUGAGGAGACAGUUGAUGAUGCAUUCUUCCGUGCCUUCAAAGUCUGGAGUGACGUCACACCUCUCAGCUUCACGCGCAUCAUGGACGGAGAAGCUGAUAUCAUGAUCAACUUUGGCCGAAAUGAACAUGGCGAUGGUUAUCCGUUUGACGGGAAGGAUGGUCUCUUAGCCCACGCGUUUGCUCCUGGCCCUUCCAUUGGAGGAGACUCCCAUUUCGACGACGACGAACAGUGGACUCUCGGAGAUGGCCAAGUUGUAAAGGUGAAGUUUGGUAAUGCGGAAGGGGAAUUCUGCAAAUUUCCGUUCCUCUUCAUGGGUAAGGAAUACACCAGCUGUACGUCCCAGGGGCGAGACGAUGGCUUCCUCUGGUGCUCCACCACUUACAACUUUGAUGAGGAUGGGAAAUAUGGCUUCUGCCCGCACGAGCUGCUGUUCACAAUGGCUGGAAAUGCACAAGGAGCACCGUGCAAGUUUCCCUUCACAUUCCAAGGGAGCAAAUAUGACAGCUGCACUACCUCAGGCCGAGAUGAUGGGUACCGCUGGUGUGCCACCACUGAGGACUACGAUAAGGACAUGGCCUACGGCUUCUGCCCCGAGACUGCCAUGUCGACGGUGGGCGGGAACUCAGAGGGCGCUCCCUGCGUCUUCCCCUUCACCUUCCUGGGCAAAACCUACGAGUCCUGCACCACGUCCGGCCGCAACGACGGGAAAAUGUGGUGCGCCGUCACCAAAAGCUUCGACGAUGACCGCAAAUGGGGUUUCUGUCCUGACCAAGGCUACAGUCUGUUCUUGGUGGCCGCCCAUGAGUUUGGCCACGCUCUGGGCCUGGAGCACUCCCAGGACCCUGGGGCCCUCAUGGCUCCAAUCUACACCUACAGCAAGCACUUCAGGCUCUCUGCUGAUGACAUCAAAGGCAUACAGGAACUGUAUGGUGUGCCCACAGACAAGCCCCUCCCACCCACCAUGGGCCCAGUCACCCCUAUGGAUAUCUGCAGUGAGAACAUCAUUUUUGAUGCAGUAGCCCAGAUCAGAGGAGAGACCUUCUUCUUUAAGGACAGGUUCCUGUUCAGGUCAGCCAGUGUUAACAGUAAGCCUACAGGCCCCAUGCUGGUGGCCACGUUCUGGAGUGACCUUCCUGAGAAGAUAGACGCAGCCUACGAAAACCCUCUGGAGGAAAAGACAGUGUUCUUUGCAGGUGACGAGGUGUGGGUGUACACAGCCAGUACCCUGGAGAAGGGCUUUCCUAAGAAGAUCUCCUCCCUGGGUCUACCAUCAGACCUCUACCACAUAGAUGCAGCCUACUCAUACCACAAGAGCAAGAAGACUUACCUGUUCUCUGGAGACAAGUUCUGGAGGUACAAUGAAGCCAAGAAGAAAAUGGAUCCCGGAUUUCCCAAACUCAUUUCCGAUUACUGGAAUGGUAUUCCUGAUGACCUGGAUGCAGCGUUCAGUAUGAACGGGAACGGUCAUAGCUACUUCUUCAAAGACUCUCACUAUCUCAAAAUGGACGAGAGCCUGAAGAUCAUCAAGGUGGGAGAGGUGAAAACAGACUGGCUGCGUUGCUGAGCAACAGCACUGCCUUCGUGAUGUGUAGGUGCUCGGUGAUAGCCUCUGACCUCGGAUCAGCAUGUUCUGUUCCGCCACAGGGCCCUUUUGCCUAAUGAUAGCACUCAGACUGUAUCAGAGUGUUGUCUCCUUUAAUUCCCGGUGAGUACUUACAUCUUGGUGAAUGCUAGGUCUUAGCUAGCCUGUGAGGGUUUAUCUUAGUCAGUAGACUCAGGUUGUUGUUGUUGUUGUGUUGUUGUUGUUCUUGUUCUUGUUCCACGUUGGACUGGGCCUAAAACCUGAGCAUUCAUUAAAAAAAAAAAAACAUUUUUUAUCGCUAUACUGUGUGAUAUUUGCUGUUUAUUUUCAAUGAUAAAGGUUUCCUUUUUUAAUAUCAGGCCUCCUUAAAUGAAAUUGUUUGUGUAUUACCACAUUUGCAAAGACAUCAGGUAUGUCCCAUCUAAACAGUCAUCCAGUAAUGUUUGGUUGUAAUAUAGUUAUUUUUAAAGAAAAUGAAUUGAUUCAAGUAGGACUGCAAAAAAAAAAAAAAUGCAUUUAUGAAAACAGUUUGAGCAGAAAAUGUCCUUGCUGUUUUGAAAAGUAUUAAUAAAAAUGCCUAAAAUAUGUUUUUUUAGAUGGACAGUUGGACAAAAAAAAAAAGGAAUUUGAUGCAGUAUUUUGUGAGGUUUUUUAUUUGAAAAUGUAUAUCAGAUACAAGUUGUGUACUGUUUUACAUUCUACAAGGACGUGCACUUUAGUACAUUAACACUAAAUGUGUUCUACAGCAACACAGAGACCAAACAUAUCAGUAGCACAGCUUUUGUGAUUUGUUCUGCUUCACGUCAGUGUUUGACUUCUUUCAUGGGACUGGGUGAUACAGGGCACAGGCUGCCUGAGACUGUAUAGGGGUUUGUUGCAUGAUGGACUCAUGACAAGAAAGUAUCAUGAAAAUACUGAUUAAUCCUACGUUCUAUUAUUUGUACCUUUUGAGUUGGCAUUAUAAUAUUUUUUUUCUUAUUUGCUUUAUGCACUUUGUCACUUCAUGUAAUUCAGAAAAUUCUGAAAAAUAAAGACUGCCCUGUAGCCCCUAUGUAAAA